AUCAAAUACAUCAAACCGAUAAUCCUUUCUCAGACGUAUAUAGCUCGAUUUCCUUAAUCGAUUCUUGCUUGUUCAUUUCAUUCCUGUGUAUUAUAGUAUUUUCUUAAGUCUGUAGCUUAGUACAAGAUUCUUUAUGUCUCAAUCUUUCCUCUCCAAAAGAGCUAUUUCGAUAGUCUCAAAUAAACUUGUGUUGGAUUCCUCCAUAUCGUUGAAUUUUAUUAGAAAUAAUAUAGCAUCCACCUUUAAUACCAGAACAAUUAUCAAUUUGCAACCAAAAAACAAAUUCAAUUACUUAUCUUUACCAAGACAUUUUUCAACCAUAAUCCCAAGAUUCCAGGCUCAAGUUGAUGAGAUUACAAGUAAGCUUGAACAUAAUGGAUUCGAUUUAUCCAAAAAAAAAAAUAGCGAGAAAGCUGAACAAUCUGAAUCCAAGAAUGAAGAAUCCCUUGCAGACUUUGCCUCUUUACAAUACCAAAAUUUGGUUGACAAGACUAUUAUUGAUGGUAUCCACAAGCUAGGUAUGAAAGAAAUGACCCCGGUUCAGCAAAAAUCUAUUCCUUAUCUUUUAAAAAAUAAAUUUGGUUUGAUUUCAAGAGCUAAAACAGGUACAGGUAAAACUUUGGCUUUUGGUAUACCCAUUUUGCAAGAAGUGGUUGAAAAAAUCAAAUCUGAUCCAAAUAAAGAUCUUUCAAAAGUAUCUGCUUUGAUUAUUGCUCCCACAAGAGAUUUAGCAAAUCAAAUCAAAAUUGCCUUGGAUAGUGUUUUAGGUGUGGAAUCUGUCUUGAAUAAUGAUUCAAAAUAUGGUUCAAAUCGAAACAGAAAUAGAAAAACUUCUUACGGCAACAGUGGUUACAGUCGUGGAAACUCUAGAAAUUCUUAUGAUUAUGGUAAUGAUCGUGGAAGUUCUAGAAACCCUUUCUCUUUAAUAAAAACCUUGAACGUUGUUGGUGGUGAAAGCAGAGGUUAUCAAAUCAGCAAUUUUGAAAAAAAAAUUGUUCCUCAAAUUGUUAUAGCUACUCCCGGUAGAUUUUUAGAUAUCAUUGAAGUGGACUGUGUCUUAAACGCUUUUACUGAUAUCAAAACUUUAGUUCUUGAUGAGGCUGACAGAUUACUAGAUAUUGGUUUUAAAGAUGAUUUAAUUAAAAUAAAUUCCGGUUUGAUUAAAUUACACAAUAUGAGUCUUGAACAACAAGGUUUACCAGCCGUAAAACAACCAUUUAGAACAUUACUAUUCUCUGCAACAAUCGAUAAAAGUGUAUUAAGUUUUACCAAAGCUGUUCUUGGUGGUGAUGUUAAAUAUCUUGAUAACGUUAAUCCAAAUGAACCUGAAGCUCAUACAAGAAUUGAACAAACUUAUGUUCAAACUAAAAACUAUUUUGAAAAUUUCAUCGGUGCAACAAAAUAUAUUGAUGAUGCUCUAACCACAGCUGUUGAUACAAAUGAAAAAAACUUCAAAGCAAUUAUUUUCUUACCAACUGUCAAAAGUGUAACUUUUUACUCAAAUGCACUUUCUCAUUACUUGGAUGAUAAAUUUCAAAAUGUUAACUCAGUACAUCUCCCCAGACCUGAUAGAAAUAGAAAUAUUAUAGAUGUUUAUGAAUUUCAUGGAAAAUUAACUCAAAAUGCUAGAGAUAGAACUGUACACAACUUUAAGCACACUAAAAAUAAUGCAAUUCUAGUUACAAGUGAUGUUGGUGCUCGUGGUAUGGAUUUCCCUCAUGUUUCUCAUGUUAUCCAGAUUGGUAUCCCAACUGAGUCAUCUACAUAUGUCCACAGAAUUGGUAGAACUGCUAGAGCUGGAAAUUAUGGUAAGUCCGUAUUGUUUUCAACUGAAAUUGAAUCUGGUUUUACGACUAUCCUAGAAGCACGUAAAAUAACUUUUUCCAAAAAAGAGAAGUUUGAUAUUAAGAAAGCUGAAAGUGUUGAAAAGCAUUUUGUUAACUGGUCUACUCAAGCUGCAGAAAAUGGCGAUGAUCUUGCUCAAGAAACUAGUAUUUCAUUAUUAGGCUAUGUUACUCAAUUUUCAUCAAUGCUUCGUGUUGAUAAAAUAGACUUGGUUGAAACUGUUGCUCUGUCUUAUAAGUUGAUGAUGGAUGAUGCAAGUAAAAGAAUUCGUUUACCAAGAAAUUUAUUAACUCAUUUGUUUGGAGAAAGAAGACAUCCAAUAUUAGAUGAUUAUUUUGACACAGGAAGAUCGUUUUCAAACAGAGAAUUUGGUGAUAGACAGAGUUUCGGUAGGAAUUCAGAUAAAAAAGGAUAUUUCAGCAAUGACAAUAAUGAUGGAGGAUUCCUCGCUGAUAAAGGGUUCUCUAAAGAUAGAGGAUUUUCCAAAGACAGAGGAUUUUCUAAAGAUAGAGGAUUCUCUAAUGAUAAAUAUGGUGACAAAAAAGGGUUUGGAGGUAGAAGACCAAAUUACCUGGAUAACAAAAGAGAUUCAAGAUCAUCAUUUAAAGAUUAUGGAAGAAGAUCGAACAGAUACGACGACUUUUAAUUAGAAUAGUUUUCUGGUGUUGCCAGUAAACUGAAUGUUUUUUUUAAAAAAAAAAUAAUGAUUUGUAAAUAAAUAUCUAAAUAAAUAUCUAAAUAAUAUAUAUACCUUAAUUUUGUUGAAUAUAGGAAAAU